UUCACUGAUCAACCCUCUGAUUCACAUCUGCCUCAGGACCAUCCCCUUCUCUAUGGUUCAACAUAAUUGUGUGUGUGCGUAUGGUGAAUGUAUGUAUAUGGUUCGACUCAUGUAUAAUUCAUGAAUAAGAGAUUCCUGAUUAUUUUUCAGGUCUUUAUAGACGCCUUUUUUCUCCCUUGCUUAUAUCAAGCAAUGCCUAAAAACACCCUUUUUCAUAUUACAACGGUCACUUAAGCAGUCCGAUCGUUAUCUUGUGAUACGUUACAAUAGAAAGCCAAAGCAGAGACUGCCGCAGAGCUUCACAAGCGAGUGAAGCGAACGGAACGAGCUAACGUUGAUGAACCUGAGUGUCAUAACCCAAAGUGAAACGAGCGCUUUUGCGCGAGUGACCUCGUGCGCUAAUCAGCUAUAAUUCUUAUCAAUCGACAGGAAGAACAACUUCGGUUUUAUACCAUCGAUAAUAGUCGAUCAAAACGUGUCAAGUCUCGAGGGUUAUCUGCGGCUGAACUCACAUAGGCGAAACAUCUGUGACAGGAGUUGAUUUCAACUUUCCUUCAAACAUCCCUCAGAAAAAUAAAAGGAAGAAUGACCGCAGUUGAUUAUUCCAGAUACGAAGAUUUAAGAGGGAAUUUAAAUCAUCUAUCGCAUUCACCAAAGUCAAUGACGUCUGACGUAGUAGAUUACACUGAUUACCGAUUCGAGAUCGCAAGAGUGGGCAGUUUUUUCAAUUGGACCGUGCCGUUUAUGGAACCAAAGAAACUCGCGGCUGCUGGAUUUUAUUACACCGGUGAAAAAGAUACAGUGAAAUGUUUCGAAUGCAAAUAUUUUUUAAGCGGAUGGCAGCAAGGUGACAAUCCUAUGACGGAACAUCAACGGUGGUCCGCAAGAUGCCGUUUCGUCCGCAACAUCCCUUGUGGAAAUGUACCGAUUGGCGUUGAUCCUAAAACAAUUCCAUCAUACAGUAGGGGGAAGGAUAUAUGCGGACUCUACGGUUUGACAUACAAGCCUAAUUCCGGUCCGGAAAAUAACCUAAAUACAGAAGAAGGAAGUAAGAUGAGUUCUAAUACGAACUUCCCCGGAAAGAAUCCUGAUACCAAGAUUGAUGUUUUUUUCGACGCGAAAUCGGACACCAAGAGUACAGUUGAGGUCAAUGAUAUAAUAGGUGUUGAGUAUCCUAAGUACACUUCCUACACGGAAAGAUUACAAUCCUUUCAAUCAUGGCCUAAAGAAAAAUCUCAAAAGAAGGAGGACAUGGCGGCUGCUGGUUUUUUUUACUCCGGAGUUUCUGAUCGAACAUUUUGUUACUAUUGUGGAAUAGGUCUGAUAAAUUGGGAGCCAUCGGAUAAUCCGAUAAAUGAACACAACAAAUGGGCUUCUGAGUGCCCAUUUAUAAAAUCCAAAAAGGUACAAACAAAGAGACAAUCGACAAAAAAUGACGACCAAUGUGUACCUGAAGCGAAAACAGAAACGGACUCAUUGCGCGAAUCAAAAACUUCUGAUUCAUCGUAAUCUUCAGUAUUUAAACAUAGAUAUCAUAACUGACCCGUCCAAAAAUUUUCUCUAACCAAGCCAAAUCUAACCAAGCUUGGUAACAAGCCUCUAUUAUUACAAUAGAAGAACACAUCUAUAGCUUAUAAUCAUCGUACGAAUGACAAUCUAUGCAAGUCGAGUCUAUGCUAAAUGGAUCGUUCUAUUGUAUUAGUCUUAACCGUAAUAACAUUGAUAUAUUUUGACGUACACUCCGGUAUACUCCGGAGCGGUUAAUAGACGUUUAGUUUUUUAAAUGACGUUUAAUGACAUGACUCAUUAUAACGUAUCAGUUUGUAGAUAUUCACGUACAUUAUAUUAUGAUGGUCAGUUUUCAUUAUAAAAUUCUUAGUCAUAUAUAUAAAUAUAGAUUAUGAAAUGAUAUUUUAAUGUUUAAUAAAUAUGCACUAAAUAUUCAGGUUUUCGCCGAACGCAUAUGGAAAAUAUUUUAUUUAUCCAUCAGUACUACCGGUGUAUCAUCAGUAUUAUAAUAAAUAACGUAUAUUUACGUUAAUAUAUGUAAUAACUAUAUAAUAACUAUAUAAUUUCCAUAAUAAAAAUUAACAUUAGAUGAGAAUAAUGAAUAAAUUUAAGAAAAUUUUAUAUAUUUGAAUACUUUAAUUAAAGUCCUAAUUGAAGAUUAUUUCUGAUAAGUUGUCCGCAUCAAUUCAUAACAAAUUUUAUUUAUUAAAUUUUCUUAAAUUUAUUUAUAAAUAUUUAUAAUAAUUAAUAAAAUAUUUUCCAUAUUUAUUAUUAUUUUCAUAUAUUACUCUCUAAAUUUUUUGGAGUGAAGUUUUUAUUCUAAUCAUGGAGUCUCUGACCAGUUCACUCCAUGUGGUGUUAGCGCUCCAAACUUCAUUCCAACUUAAAGUGAAAUCGCCUUCUCGUUGGUAAUGUCAGAACCGGGGGAGGUUCUGUACGUUCUGUAUUUUGUACGUAGUUCGAAAUAGUAAUUAUCCCAUAAUCGGGAAGUAAUUGGGAAAGUAGUUAAUUUCUAUCGAAAACAUUAACAAAAUCCCA